AUGAAAAGCCCCGAAGACCGCCACACUGACAGGGAGAUUACCGAGAAUGAUAAUAGCAGUCCGUUAAACACUACCACAUCUAACGAUGACAGUUAUGUUGAAGUCACCCUUGAUCUCCGCGACGACAUGGUGGAAGUCCGCAGUGUCCAACCUGCCAUUGAGACUAAAGCAGAGGAAUCAGAGCUUGAGGCACUGGCCAAAAGUAUGCAAAAGAAGCGCAGUUUUGGGUCCUCAAUUGUCGGAAAUUCAUCGAUGAGGAUGCGGUUAAAGAGAUUGGCUUCUUUGAAGAGACAUCCUGCUGAUAGGACUUCAGCAGCAGCUCAGCAUGCUCUCAAAGGCCUCAAAUUUAUCAGCAAGGCUGAUGGUGGCUCUGGAUGGGCCGCUGUUGAGAAGCGCUUUGAUGAGCUUACUGCCACCUCAUCAGAUGGCUUACUUCCUCGGGCAAGAUUUGGAGAAUGCAUAGGUAUGAAUAGGGACUCUAAGGAAUUUGCACUCGAGCUUUUUGAUGCACUAGCUCGGAGGAGAAAUAUAACAAGUGAUUGCAUCAGCAGAGAGCAGCUCAAAGAGUUCUGGGACCAAAUAGCCAACCAGAGCUUUGAUUCUCGGCUUCAGACCUUCUUUGACAUGGUUGAUAAAGAUGCAGAUGGUAGACUCACAGAAGAAGAAGUCAAAGAGAUAAUUAGCCUAAGCGCAUCGGCUAACAAGCUGUCAAAUAUCCAGAAACAAGCUGAAGAAUAUGCAGCAUUGAUCAUGGAAGAGUUAGACCCCGACAACAUGGGAUACAUCAUGCUUGAGAACUUGGAAACACUUUUAUUACAAGGCCCAAAUCAACCUUUUGAAGGAAGAAGCCUAAACAGGAACCUAAGUCAUAUGCUAAGCAUCAAGCUUAAGCCAACUCUGGAGCCUAAUCCCAUAAAAAGAUGGUAUAAGAAUUUGAAGUACUUUUUGCUGGACAAUUGGCAAAGAGUUUGGGUACUGUUGUUAUGGAUUGGUGUGAUGGCAGGUCUAUUUGCUUAUAAGUAUGUUCAGUACAAAAAUAGAGCAGCAUUUGAUGUCAUGGGUCAUUGUGUUUGUGUCGCCAAGGGGGCCGCCGAGAUACUUAAGCUCAACAUGGCACUGAUACUGCUCCCAGUCUGCAGAAAUACCAUCACCUGGCUUCGAAACAAGACCAGAUUAGCUGCUGCAGUUCCCUUUGAUGAUAACCUCAAUUUUCACAAAAUGAUGGCGGUGGCAAUUGCAAUUGGUGUUGGAAUACACGUAGUUGCUCAUAUGACUUGUGAUUUUCCUCGGCUCCUAAACGCUAGUCCAGAAAAGUAUAAACCAAUGGAGCCAUACUUUGGCCAUCAGCCAACAAACUAUUGGCAUUUUGUGAAGGGAGUGGAAGGAGUAUUGGGGAUCAUAAUGGUGGUUUUGAUGGUAAUAGCUUUCACUCUAGCAACCCAACGGUUCAGAAGGAACAGAAUUCGUUUACCAAGACCCUUGAACAAGGUCACUGGGUUCAAUGCCUUCUGGUACUCCCACCACCUCUUUGUCAUUGUCUACGCGCUGCUCAUAGUCCAUGGCGUCAAACUUUACUUGACCAAAGAAUGGUACAAGAAGACGACAUGGAUGUACUUGGCUAUACCAAUCAUACUUUAUUCUGGCGAAAGACUACUAAGGGCAUUCAGGUCAAGCAUCAAGGCUGUUAAAUUAUUGAAAGUGGCUCUAUAUCCUGGAAAUGUUUUGACGAUUCAUAUGUCAAAGCCAAUGGGCUUCAAGUAUAAAAGUGGACAGUAUAUGUUCGUCAACUGUGCUGCAGUUUCACCAUUUGAAUGGCACCCAUUUUCCAUUACUUCAGCACCUGAUGAUGGCUAUCUCAGUAUCCAUAUUCGAACUGUUGGUGAUUGGACCAGGAAGCUCAAAACUGUUUUCUCAGAGGUGUGCCAGCCACCACCUACAGAGAAAAGUGGACUCUUAAGAGCUGGCUCCUCGAGGGACACCAUAAAUUUCCCGAAAGUGUUAAUUGAUGGCCCAUAUGGAGCACCAGCACAAGACUAUAAGAAGUACGAGGUGCUUUUGUUGGUAGGUUUAGGAAUUGGAGCCACCCCUAUGAUCAGUAUCGUUAAAGAUAUUGUGAACAACAUGAAAGCCAUGGAGGAAGAAGAGUAUGAUUUAGAGAGCACAGGACAAAAGAAAAGAUCAGGGUCAGGGAAUGGAAGGAACUUCAAGAGCAAGAGAGUAUAUUUCUAUUGGGUUACUAGAGAACAAGGCUCAUUUGACUGGUUCAAGGGUCUAAUGAACGAGUUGGCCGAAAUGGAUCAUCUAGGAGUAAUAGAGAUGCACAAUUACUGUACAAGUGUUUAUGAAGAGGGUGACGCUCGCUCUGCUCUCAUCGCUAUGCUUCAGUCCAUCAAUCAUGCCAAGAAUGGCGUAGACAUCGUCUCUGGAACAAGGGUUAAGACUCACUUUGCUAGACCUAAUUGGCGGACUGUUUACAAGCGCAUCGCUCUUAAUCACACUAAUACAAGAGUUGGGGUUUUCUACUGUGGGGCACCAGCACUGACGAAAGAGCUAAGACAGCUGGCUUUGGAUUUUUCCCGCAAGACAUCCACAAAGUUUGAUUUCCAUAAAGAAAAUUUUUGACCAAUGAUGGAUGAGCAGAGGAUCAAUUUAACAAACCAAACAGAUAAGAACAAUCUCUUUAUUAAAGAAUCCACAUGCAACACCUUUUUUUGUAUAUAAAAUCUUGUAGAUUUUGUUAAUAGUUGGGUUUUGUAUGUUAUACGAAUAACAAUUUUUUUUUGGGGAGGUAGGUCCACCUACCGUUGAACCUAUUACCAAUCACUUUAUUAUUGACCCCAGCAUAUAUUGUUCAAAAUAUUCGGAGUAAUAAUUGUA